UGGAGGCAUCGGACUAGGACCACUGUCGCUGUCGCCGUGUAUGGAAGAGCUGUGUUCUGGAAAGGGACAAUGCAAUGUGGAAACAGGGAAGUGUGUCUGCAAUGGGGAUUACUGGGGAGAACAUUGCCAGUAUUAUGACUAUUGUGGGACAAGGGAGAGGUGUUUCAAUGGUGGAACCUGCAGGAAUACGAUCGAUGAUCAGGGAUUCCAGUGCCACUGUCCAAAAUACACCAUAGGAUGGUUUUGUGAGCAUACGACCACAAGCAGCACGACGACCACCACCACCACAACCACAACAACUUCACCUGCCUCACUAUAAAGUCUUUCAAACGAUCGCAUGCAAUUCAAAGUAUUAAAACGAUUACAUGUUCAUAUUGGUAAAUGAUUCCAUUAAGAAUAAACCAGAGAGGUAAA